AUGACAGUUUCUGUUGCUGGCCUUGCCGAGGCCGGCCCAGGACCGUCGACGCUGGCGUCAGGCAACCACGCGCAGUCGCCUCCAACUCGCUCCCUGUCUCUCUCAUCAAAGCGUCUUUCUUCUUCCUCGUCGUCGUCUAUCUCGUCCGUCUCUCGUCGCUGUCCAGUCUCUAUCCUUCGCAACUCGUCUCUCCGCUCGCUCCCCGCCGGCCGCAGAGCGUUUCCAUUCGACUCGCCCUCCUUAGAUCAGCUCGCCGACAUGUCGUCGGCAGCAGCAGCAGCACCAUCGUCAUCACCAUCACCAGGUUUUGGGCCCGAUGGUGUGCUCGCGUUCCCCCCACUCCCUCCCUUGCCCCCAUUCCCAAGGGGCAGCAGCAACAGUAACCGCAAAAGUGCACCGCCCAGCACCACCGCCGCGACAUCACAGUCAUGCCGUGGAGUGCGCCCGCGCAGGUCGCGAGUGUCGUUCCGCGAAGAGGUCGACGUCGCGGCCGUCGACGACAUGAUGAUUCGCUCAGCGUCGACGACGACGACCACGUCGCGUCGCCCGCUCUCGCACGGUUCCCCACCAUCGUCUGCAAUAGGACGUCGACCCUCUGCGGACGGCGACGCCGCGGUCCGAAAAUCAACCAUUACCCCACGCCCCGCAUUGAAGCGUGCCUCGUCUUCGCAGCCACUCUCGAUCGGGACCGACACCAUCGUGGAGCUAGGCUCGACGGCGUCGGUCGCCACAUUGGACUUCGACUUUGACGACUUCAGGCCACAGACCCUGCGAUACCCAAAGGUGUCAGCGGCACUGGCGCGUCUGAGCGAUGGAUCCAUGCCAAGUGCCAUCUGGACGGCCUGCCCCUCGCGUACGGGGGGCUCGUUUGGACCCUUGCCGCCUGCACCGCCUGCGGCGGCAACAGCGUCGCCUCAAUCGCUCUCUCCGGCGGCAUCGGUAUCGGCAGCGACGACACCGGUUCCAACGGCAACGGCGGCAGCAGCAGCAACGACGCCCGCGCGCAAGGCAGGUCGUGCGCCGCGUUCUCCCAUCCCAUCAUGGUCGUCGAUAUGCCCAUCACUCGUUUCGUCAAACGCGUCCCACCGCGCGUCCGUCGCGUCCACACUGACCGCGCCCUCCAUGACCAGUCUCUUGUUGUCGCCUUCGUCGCCAUACGACCGGUUACCAAACCUUCCAUCGCCUGCCCAUGACGACGCGACUGUUGCGCUGCGCGACACGGGGGACAGCGACGAUGUGUCGGACAUUGACAUGCUUGCAUACAUGGUUCGCUCCACUGGUGGCAACGUUUCAGGCGCAGAGGCGUCUGAACCUGCAAAGCUGCGCCUCCUGCAGGCACAACCCCUCCCACCUCCCCCUCCGCCGCCGCCGUCUUGUAUGCGCCCACGUCGGUCAGAACCAAUCUCCGCAUCGUCUUUCGAUGCUCCAUCAUCAUACACGCACAACCCUCCUCGCGCAGCCGAGCGUCUCCUCAAGCUCCAGUCGUCCUUGGCAGACCUCCGAAUGCAGCGCCGCCAGCAAGAGCAGUCGCCCGAGCGCGACGCUCGCCAGCGCAGGGCUUCGGCCGACCGCGCGUCCGACGCGCCGGCGCCGUUCCGUCCUCGUGAAAGCCCACCCAGCCCCACCGUGGCCGACCUUGUUCGUCACACCCCGCGCAGCAGCAUAGGUCCUCGCGACUCGCGUCGCGAGCUCAAUCUCGACUCGGAUGACGAGAGCGACCUUGACCUGAGCCUCCCGUUGAUGAACGCGGCCCUCCGUUCGCGCGUCAUUCCGUCGUCAUCGCGUCUGCUCGUGUCGGCACCACCUCGACCUUUGAGUGCGCAAGGCGACCGUGUCCCGGCAACACAUGGGUGGAGCGGAAGCGAGAGCGAGGAGGAAGAGUUCUCGCGCACUGUCGCGCGCAUCGCCAUGCGCAAGGUCACUGCCAGUGCCGCCGGCGGCUCCCUGCCCACUCGACGCGUCAUGAAGCGCCCGUCGUUGCCGGCAACGCGCAUGAACCGCUUCUCCGAGUUUGCCCCCUCCUUUGCGUCACGCCUUGACGGUGGGUCCAUUGGCUCGAGCGGCUCGUCCCCUUCGUCUGGUCCCCCAACUCCCGGUGACCGCCCACCUCGCCCCGCAACGGCAAUCGGAACGACGCGGUCGUCUGGCACUGCCGCGCUCAUCACUGCUCUCGUGGAGCAAAAGUACGCGUCCCGCGAGGCGUUGCCGCGUCCCAAGCGCUUUGUGGAGGGAUGGGGCGCACCCGAGGUGCUGCACGACGACGAGUGGCCGCCUGACAAUGGCGCCGAGCUCGACGACGACGACGACGAUGACUGGUAG